UUAUGCAAAUACACCCAUAUUUCGAUUUCUUUUCUUUUCAACAAAAACGAGUUCCUAGCAUACAAGCUGUUUAUGUCCCACAGCGCGUCCUUUCACUCGCCGCCCGCCACCCCCCUUGCAGCUCGCACGGGCCGGGCCUCUGCUCGGCACCCCCACCUCCGCGCGCCCGGUUCCGGCCCCACCUGCCGGCCCCGGCGCCCCGCACCCCGCGCCGCUCCUCCGUGCGGCCCGUUUCCGGUGGGGCCAGGGCGUCUCCGCGGCGGCCCGGCUCCCGCGCGCUCAGCACCGCCGGCGGCGGCCACAUGCAGGUGGAGCGAGGAGCUCGGGGCGGCCGCGGACGCCGGCCCGGUCGCGGCCGGCCGGGUGGAGAUCGCGACCGCGAGCGGGCGGGGGCCGCCGGGGCCGUGGCGAGAGGCGGCGGCGGCGGGGACGGAGGCGGUCGCCGGGGCCGCGGCCGGGGCUUCCGCGGCGGCCGCGGGGGCCGAGGAGGAGGCGCGCCGCGAGGCGGCCGCCGGGAGCCAGGAGGCCGGGGCGCCUGGGCCAGCUUGCCGGUUGAAGAUGACAGUGAUGCAGAGACCUAUGGAGAAGAGAAUGAUGAACAGGGAAAUUAUUCUAAAAGAAAGAUAGUCACUAACUGGGACCGAUAUCAAGAUAUUGAAAAAGAGGUGGAUAAUGAAAGUGGAGAAUCACAGAGGGGGACGGAUUUCAGUGUUCUCCUUAGCUCUGCAGGGGACUCCUUCGCACAGUUCCGGUUUGCCGAGGAGAAAGAGUGGGAUGCUGAAGCUUCAUGUCCAAAACAGAAUUCAGCAUUUUACGUGGACUGCGAGUCACUGGUUCGAGCCCUUCAAGAACUGCCUAUCUCACUCCGACUCAAUGUUGCUGCUGAAUUGGUCCAGACCGCCCUUCCGUUAGAGCUUCCUCAGGUGAAACCAAAGAGAAAUGAUGAAGGCAAGGGACUAGGGAUGCAGUUAAAAGGGCCCUUGGGGCCUGGAGGAAAGGGGUCCAUCCCAGAGCUGAAACCCGCUACUGCUGGCUGCCCCAUGUACCUGGGUAACGACAGCCCGAGGCCGGGGCCCUCUAAGGUUUCUCAGAAACCCGCCUCCCCACCGCCGUCAGCAGCAGACCACUUGGAAGAAGAACUGGAUCUGCUGCUUAAUUUAGACGCGCCUGUGAGAGAGAGAGAGAACAUGCUACCAGACCAGAUAUUUCAGGACCUGGAACCCAAGAAAGAAGGGGAAGUGGCCCAAGAAGAAAAAGUUCCUGAAAAAGCAUCUGUGAUGGAAGAAAAGAAUGUGGAAUCUGAGCAACCAAGUACAUCAAAACAUGUUACUGAGGAAGAGCUUGAAGACUGGUUGGACAGCAUGAUUUCCUAACAAAAAAGAAAAGAAAAAGAGACAGAGAGAAAGAAAAUGAAAAAAGUGCCUGACGCAAUUUUUGGUUGCCUUGCAAGUAAGGGCAGGCCCAAGGCUGUCCUUCAGGAACAGCUGGUUUAUGAGCAUGCCCCAAGCCACUGUGUUCCAUCUCGCUUACCGCAGUAAACGCCUACCUCUGUGUUCAACGGCGACAUCCAAAGUAAUACAUUUAAGAGGCUUGUCGCAUUUGUUCUCUGGCUUAGUAAUCUAAUAGAUUCCUUGAGGGCAGGGGAUGUUCUGGCCCUCAUUUCCAACCUCCUUCCUCUCAAUGUUUACAACAUAGCAGGUGCAGCUGCUGAGCAUAGAAGCAGGCAGCAAGGCAUGCAGUUGGCCAAAAUAAAAACAAACGCUGGUCUA